AUGAAGCUAUUAUUGGUUUUAGGAGUUAUUGCUAGCUUUUCGUUAGCUUUAGCUGACCAAGAAACUCUAGUCCUAGUUGAUAAUCUUAACAUAAGAGAAACACACUCCCAGUUCUUUAAAUCUUUGCAAGAUAGGGGUUACACCCUGACGUACAAGUUAGCGGAUGACCCAAACCUAUUGCUAUCUAAGUAUGGAGAGUACUUGUACAAGAAUCUGAUUGUAUUCGCCCCCUCGGUACUGGAGUUUGGAGGCCAAAUCGAUACUGAGGCUAUCACGAAGUUCAUAGACGAUGGCGGUAACCUUCUCAUGGCUGGCAACGCAGCCGCCGGCGACGUAUACAGAGAAAUUGCUUCCGAAUGUGGAUUUGAGAUGGAUGAAGAAUCAGCAGCAGUUAUUGACCACUUCAACUAUGAUGUGUCUGAUGAUGGUGAACACACAAGGAUUGUGGUCUCUCCCAAGAACCUGAUCUCUUCCCCAACCAUUGUGGGAGAACAGAACACCCAGCCCUUGUUGUUUGAAGGCACUGGUCUGAUUUUAGACAAGGACAACACUCUGGUUCUGCCUAUUCUGACUGCUGACUCAACAGCUUACAGCUACAACCCUAAAAGCCAGGUUAAGGAGUAUCCUCAUGCAGUAGGUCGUAAGACUGUGCUGAUUGCCGCCCUGCAAGCCAGGAAUAAUGCUCGUAUUGUGUUCAGUGGCUCUCUUUUCUUCUUCUCUGAUGAGGCUUUCAACUCUGGUGUUGCUAAAGUUCAUGGUGACAAAGUGAGUGCAGCCCAAUCAGGCAACAAAGCCCUGUCGGUGCGCCUUAGCCAAUGGGCGUUCGGAGAACGCGGCCGUCUGCGCGUACGCAAUGUCGACCACCACCGCGAGGGAGAGAAGGAAUCCUCUAACACUUACACUAUCACAGACACUGUUGUAUACAGGAUUGAAAUUGAAGAGCUGAAAAAUGGCAAAUGGCAGCCAUUCGAUGCCAAUGAUGUCCAGCUGGAGUUUGUGCGCAUUGAUCCCUUCAUCCGCACAACUCUAAAGAAGAAACCCAAUGGGGUCUAUGAGGCCAUAUUCAAGGUCCCUGAUGUUUGGGGAGUCUACCAGUUCAAGGUUGAUUACGACAGAAUCGGAUACACAAGACUUUACCAUGCGACACAGGUGUCAGUACGUCCUCUGCAACACACCCAGUAUGAGCGGUUCAUCCCAAGCGCAUACCCCUACUAUGUAAGCGCAUUCUCCAUGAUGGUGGGCUUAUUCCUCUUCUCCUUUGUAUUCCUAUACUACAAGGACGACACCAAGACUAAGAGCGAGUAA